AUUUCACCUUUAUGAAGGUCUACAUCAUUGUCCCUUAUGACACCGAUCCAAGCUCGUUUUCCAAAAAUUGGAGUCGAGCAUCACUUGUCUUGUCAAUUCGGAGUGGUGGAGUCUUGAAUUUGGUCCAACAGUUCCUUUUGAAUUGUUAUCUUUAACGCGAACAUGGCCUUGAUGCUUCAUCGUUGUAGUGCUUUGGCAUUCUCUUUUGCAGGUGGUAUGGUUUUGCUGCCACCGACGACCUCACAGAGGUCCUAUCGUUGUAGGUAUGAUUCCAUAUACGACCGCCAGUCGUCGUAGUUGUAGUGGUUCAGCUUCUCGACCCAUCCAGAUGCAUUUGCUAGGUCCACCACGUCAAUCCCAACACCUAGAAGCUCAGUGAUCGGCUUCACAGUAUCUCGUUGCUCACGUACACCAUGAUUGGUGUGAUCCUACUUUGAUCUCAACACCUAGAAACGCAGUCCCUAACUGAUCGGCAUCACCCUUUUAACUGCUCACUUACAAUGCCCCUGACCAAAUCCGCUUUUAUACCAAUUGUAGAGUUUUGCAUAAACUCUGGUACCAAUUGUAAAAAUCCAACACAGCAACUAAGGGAGAGAACCAUUUUCUUUUAUUAUUAAAAAAACAUUGACCACCCAAAAUAUACUCCCUAAAACUCGCAUGCUCAACCCCUUACUACAACUCCCACAAUUUGUAUUCUUUUUCUUUUACACACCAAAAAUAAAGCACACCCAAGCUCUAUUUAUAAGAUUUGUGAAUGGCCGGCCCUUCCAAAAGGCUCACAAUGAUCAAUAAAGGGCGCCAUCCUUGAGAAUAUUCCAGAGAGAGGAGGAGGAGGGCGAGAAGAGUUGGGAGGAGAAUCCUUGAGUGUUGUCACUUCACUUCACUCGAGUUGCAGAUAUUAUAUUCUUUUUUGUCUCUUAAAAUUUUAAGGUCCUAAAACUUACUCCCAAAGCAAAUAUCAUCUUUUUCAACUCUACAUAGUCAAAGUUGGCAGCUGAGAGCACAAAUGCAUUUUGUGACCCAACUCUACAUAGUCAAAGUUGGUGGCUGAGAGCACAAAUGCAUUUUGUGACCCAAUCAAUAAUGAAGCUUGGAAACGGUAGAGAUCGAGAGCGAGGCUAAAAAAACCAGCUUCAACCAUAACAAUCCACAAUCCACACUUAGUUUUCUGUUUUCUCUGAUCAUCACUCCAGGCAAAGGAAUGGAUUCAACAAAUACAGGGUCAUCUUCUCAAGAUUUUUGGGGAGCCAUGCCAACCUUUGCUAAAGUCUUUUUGAUCGCCAUUGUUUCCGGUAUGGGUCUUUCAAUUCUUUUUGCCAUCAUUCGGUUCAUCAAGAAGAGCACUAAGAUCUCAAACAUCGAAAUCGAAGGAGUGGGCAAUGGACCUCCCCUAAUUGUCGAACUCAUGGACAAUAUGGAGAAGCUCAAGCCCACAAGGUUCACCUCUCGCCAACUCAAGGCUGCAACCUUAAACUUCACCCAUAAGUUAGGUGCGGGUGGUUAUGGUGAGGUCUAUAAGGGCACUCUCGCAAACGGGGAUAGUGUGGCUGUAAAAGUCCUAAAGGGAAGCUCGGACGAACAAAUUGAAGCUCAAUUCAUAGCGGAGGUGAGCACCAUAGGAAGAACCCACCAUGUUAAUUUAGUCAGGCUCAUUGGCUUUUGCUUUGAAAAUACCAUGAGGGCUUUGGUUUAUGAGCAUGUGGAGAGGGGCUCACUGGAUGGCUUCUUGUUUGGUAACAAAGGAAAACUGGGGUUUGACAAGCUCAGUAAGAUAGCGAUCCAAACGGCAAAGGGCGUAGCAUACCUUCACGAGGAAUGCCAGGAUCGGAUAAUUCACUAUGAUAUAAAACCUGGCAAUAUUUUGCUCGAUCGGAACUUCUCCCCAAAAGUUGCAGAUUUCGGAUUGGCAAAGCUCUGCAAUAGGAAUGCCACCCAUGUCACCAUGACAGGAUGCAGAGGGACUCCUGGCUACGCGGCUCCCGAGCUAUGGAUGCCAUUUCCUGUUACUCAUAAGUGUGAUGUUUAUAGUUAUGGGAUGUUAUUGUUUGAGAUUGCAGGGAGGAGGAGGAAUUUGAAGGUGAGCCUUCCUGAGAGCCACGAAUGGUUUCCUAGAUGGGUUUGGAACAAAUUGGAGAGAGAUGAGAUGGAAGAGAUUGUGAAGAGUUGUGAGAUCGAGGAGGAAGAAGAUAGGGAAAUUCUCGAGAGAAUGAUUCUGAUUGCUGUUUGGUGUGUUCAAUACAAGCCUGAAUUGAGGCCAUGUAUGAGCACUGUGGUAAAGUGGUUGGAAGGAGACGGUAAGAUCGCUCUUCCGCCAGACCCUUUCUCUCAUUUGGUUGCCGGGCUAACUGUCAUGGAUUCACAGCAAUUUGGAGAGACAACUGAAGAAGAAACUAUUGUGGAUUCACAACAAUUUGGAGGGACGAUUGAAAAGGAAUCAUAUUCUGAGACAACCCCCAUCAUGAGGAAAUAUGAGAUAAAUGUUGCUUCAUCAUAAAAGCAUUGGUAAUUGUAUAUUCUUUCCUAGAGGAAAAUAAAUAAAUUUAUUUUAUGUGA